CUCAGACUCCUCAUCUCAGCCUGGCUCUCACAGCCUGCGCAGCGCUGCCGCCUGCCUGCCUGACUGCCUGACUGCCUGCAGGAGUUUACAGACCGAGACACACCCUGCACUUUCUACACUGCUCCUCCUGCCCGAGCUCACACACAGAGAGCCCGCUCCUCCAACAGCCCUGCUGCUGCUCUUUCAGCGUCUUUUCUUACUCUCGGACACCAAACAGGGCGCUUUCUCACUGCACCAUGACUUCAUACCUGUGGAUCUUAGUCUUGGCAAGUCUCGCGGGCUCGCGGGCGCAAGAUCUUAAUCUUUUUGAUGCUUUAGAGCCUGAACCGGUUCCAACUAAACCAGCCCAAAAGCCUCCCAAGUCCGGAGGAGAUGAUCUUAAUCUUUUUGAUGCUUUAGAGCCUGAACCGGUUCCAACUAAACCAGCCCAAAAGCCUCCCAAGUCCGGAGGAGAUGGUGAUUUCAACAUCUUAGAUGCCUUUGAUGUGGACCCAAAGAAACCAGCUGGAGAUCCAAAGAAACCAGUAGCUCCACCCAAACAUGGAGGAGAUGCAUUGAGUGAUUCAGACUUGGGUGAUGUGGCUAAUAAUGAUUACAAGCCUGAUCCCAGCCGAAAGGGCAGUGGAGAUCCAGGGCGUGCUGCUGACUCAUCCUACGACUCCAGUGGUGGUGAUGGAGAAGCUCAAGACCUAGACCAGCAGUGGCUGAAGCUCCUGAAGUUGCUAGGAGAUAACAUUCCAGAAGGCCUCCAUGCCUGGAUUGCCAACUCUAAACAAGUAGUAAUGUCCCUUCUAGAAAGGGUGCUGGAACUCCUGGAGCUAGCAGAGAAAAAGAACCAGUCCUAAAUGACUUGUUGAUCACUUUUCUUUUUUCUUUUUUCAGCUAGAUGUUGAGCUACUGUUUGGUUACUGUAGGUGGCAGGUUGGUUUGGCUAGGUGUUAUAAACAUUCCUAUUUUAUUCUGUUUACAAAGUAGCUCUGUCAACUAGCUAAGAUGCUAACUGCACAUGCUAGUGCAUUUGUGGUAUGAGGUUAUUUUGUUGUCAUAUUUGCCAUAUGAAGGGUGUGAGAUGUUACUUUAAGCUUUUUUAUCUAGUAAGUUAUCUUUUAUAUGAAUUUGACAGCAGAUGCACAUUGUCUGGACCCCUCUCUCCCAAUGGGUUUAAUUCAUCAACUGUUCUUAAGAAGAAAUUUCUUGACAUUCACCAGUGCUUUGUUAUUUGGGAUUUGUUCUUAGGUAAGAACAGAAUUUAUACACUCAACAGCACAAAGGUGUGGACUGUUCUGUGAUUUAAAAACACGCCAUGAAUCUGACGUAGACUUUGUCUUAGGACCUUCCUCAAUAACAAAAAAGGUCCAUACUUGUCCUCUCUCUCCACCCUUUUCUCUUCCAUUUCCUCUUCUUUGUUUCCUUCCUCCUCAUUUCCAUUUACCUUUCUUAUCAGUAAAGUGAACAGCUUUUACGUCAUAAUAGAUAUCUGCUAACAGCGUGCUAGGGCUGUUGUUCCAGUGCCUUUGGUGUCGCAUUUAGGCAGAACCAGUUUCUCCCCUGUGGUUUUAUGGUAUGGAGGUUUCCCCCUGGGGCACUGUUGGAACAUUCCUCUCCCAAAUUCUCUGCUGCCUGUUCUGCUCUGCCCUCUUCCUCAGUGCUACUGCAUUUCCUUACUUAAACUGCAGCACAGUUUCUGUUCAGAUGUAAACAGCUUAGGUUAGAGCAGGAUUGAGGACGGAGGUCUGUGGUUUUUUUGUCUUAUGUUGUCUUCUGGGCAGGUUUUUGUCCUCUUUUUUUUGUAACUCUCUUCUGUUCUGUGUUUGUGCUAAAUGUGCUUACAAAUGUGAAGAGGUCAGAAACUUGGAGCUUUUUUUGUUGGCCUGAAACAUAACUGCUAUAAACAUCACAAGAACGAUCUUAUCGGUCAUAAAAUUACCACAGAGGAUGAGGACUGAAGUAUUUUUGCUAUAGGCGUAGUUUUGUGUUCUCUGUCCCUGGUUAGUUAAUUGUUUCUAGCAUGCAUCUCUUAAAAAGCUAAUCGGUUUCCCUCAACUACUACUACCAACACCGCGAACAGUGGCCUUUUUAUUUAAAUACUGCAAAUAUAAAUAUAUCAGAGCAUGAUUUAGUGUGCUACAUAAGCAUGUUUUUGGCUUGGUUUUGUCUUUGUAGCGUCCCUCUAUCCCUGUUUAGUCAAAAGUGUUUCUGUAUGUUUUGUGUUCUUGGUGACGGCGUCUCUUGGUUGUAUACUAACUCAAAGCUCCUGAGAGGCUACUCAGUUUUGAGCUUUGUUUUGGUUUGUUUACUUGUUUACUUACCCUCUUCAAUUGCUUACAGACAUUGCUAACAGUGGUCUUCUGGCUUUUAGAAUGACCACAGAGCAUGAAUUAGGGUCAGAGUUUGCUUCAUGUAGGCAUGUGGGGUCUUCUUUGUGGGGAUCUUUCUUGCAUAUCCAUCCGUUUUGUCAAAACUGUCUGUAUUUUCUUUCUUUAUGCUAAAAGUGUCUCCUGGUAGUUUGCUAACCCAAAGCUCUUGAGAGACUGAUUUUAGCCCUGAGACAUGUCUUGUCAUAACAAGCUUACCUUCAGUCUAUAACUGACACUCGGGUAGGCCUGAGAGAGUCCAUGCCAGAACACAUAGCAUGCAUUCAGCCCACACAUAGCAUGCGCUUAGCCCGCAGGGAAGAGAUCAAACUGAGCCAGAGAGAAAUGAAGUCUGCAUGUGUUCCUCAAUUCCAGUGGAAGCCUGCUUAUUUUUGGAGAUGAGAGAGAAGUUUUAUUCGAGAGGGGGGUCUUUAUGUUUCUGCAGUGUUUGAUGUUUGCAAUAUUUGGCUCUUGGAAUACUAUUUUGUUUUGAAUGGACAAUUUUGUAUUCUCUGUUUGUUGCUGAUGUUUUUUUCCAUUUGUUUAUUUUUUUCAUUGGAAGCCUCGGUUGUUCCUCUUCUGUGGUGGCGGCUCACUUUUUCCACAUUAAAUGUGCAAAAGUGUUUUGCUGAGAGAUCCUCAGUAUAGCUGUUCAUGCUCCUGUGUCCCCUUUAAUAAAGUCAUAGUGAAAGGUGAAA